UGUUGUUGUAACCUGCCGACCCGCCCCUACUGGACAUUUGUGAAAAAGAGCUUCAUAGCUCAUCAGAUUCCUACUGCAGGCUAAAUAAAUUGAUUCAGAUUCUGAUUGCCGAUGCUUUUUGUAAACAAUCCCGUGGGGUGGAAUCAACUCGUUUGCAAGGGUUUCACACAAACAGUGGGGAUACUGGCCUUAUCUCUAAGAACAUGGAAUUUCCACCACUGGUCCAGAAUACGCAAGGAUGUAAACGUCUCUGUGCCUUGGCCCGCGUCUCACACUGUGCUCCCACCCCGCCUCCCUCCCCAGCUCUCGAGGUGGGGAGGGGGGGGAUCGCAUGGAGCCUCUCGUUGGACACUGCGACCCCCGCCGACCCCCGGGCUCAUGCUCCCCACCGGUGACCUCGGCACCUGCGCUGGGUGCGGCACGAAACUGCUGGUCUCGGAGAACGGUGGUGCACCGGCCUUGCAAGCCCCGCGCGUCGACGCUCGCGACCCCCCGUGGCGGCAACAUCGGAGUCGCAUGGGGUACGGGGUCCUGGAACCACCUCGACCUCCCCGAGGAGCCCUCGGCCUCUGGGAGCACGUGGCGGCCGCUGUGCCGGGCCCCGUCUCGGUCCUGCGAGAGCCUCCUCUGUGGCGAGGGGAGCGGCAGGGAGGCGGGGCAAGGAGACAGACGGCGAGGCGCUGGAAUAGUGCGGGGGAGCGCUGAUUGUGGUGUUGGUGACAGUGAAACAGGUGUUUUCGGUGGACGUGGAGGACGAGGUGGUGGUAGUGGUGAUAGUGGACGAGACAGUGGAGGUGGUGAACGUGUUAUUAGUCAUAGGAGUGGAGGAGGUGGUGAUGCCGAGGAGGAGUCGGUGAGGAGUUCUACUGCCGUGCGCAGUUCGCUCGUGAGCUGGCUCGUCCAGGAGAUCCCCUUAGAGCCAAACCCUGGUGACCCCUCCGCCCCAAGCACCAAGCAGGGCUCUCCGUACAACUCCAACCUCACCACUGCGCCGCCCAUCCCCGACAUGCACCUCCCAUUAUCGCGCGCAUCCUCCACCUCGUCGUCGUCAUCGUCAGACGAUGACGACGACGAUUAUACCGGGAUCCCCGUGGUGGCAGAGAGGCCCGCGUCAGCUUCAGGGCCCAGGGUUGGAGGGAAGAGGGCGGCCCUGGGGCGUCUGGUGAACGGGGUCCUGGGGGCCCUGGUUUCCCCCGAGCGCCUCCUCCGCCACAGGGUCAGGGUCCUGAUGCGGGACCCGGCCACACGGCUCGGGGAGCUGGCGUGCUGCUUCAGGGCCCGCGUGGGGCAGGAGGUCGCCGCGGUGGAGGCGACGAGGGCAGCGGCCACGCCGAGCAGAGCCAGCGAGGACGAGCAGAGGGGUGAGGAGCGUGGGGACGAGGGAGAUGGCGAGGUGGAGGCGGCUGAGGAGAAGGAGGGAGAGACAAGCCCCACCUUCUUGCAGGAGCUGGGCGCCGCGCUCGCCGACAUCCGGGAGGAAAUGUCGGCGUCGCGGGAGCUGGAAUUCGGAGUCUUGCAGCUACUACCGGAGGAGAGCCGAGAGUCGGCACUCGAGUCGUGCCUGGCCGCCUGCCUGCUGCGCCCGCUUCACGGCGCCAUCGUCGCCUGCCUGGAGGCCCGGCGAGGUCUCGACGGCUCAGCUUCCCGGUUGGCCCGGGGCCUCCGGGCGGCACGCGGGGGGCCAUGCCCCUGCAUGUGGUGCGGUGGGGAGCGGCCCCUGCCCCCCCCCAGCGUAGAGGGAGUGAGGAGGACGCUGGCGGCGAUGGGGCGAGCGUACGCGCCGUACGGCAAGGUGGCACGUCUGCUUGCGGCCUGCAGGCUCGUGUACGAUGCCAUGGGCACGGCCACCAGCCGGGGGGAGGCGCUGGGCGCCGACGACUUUGUGCCGGCGUUGGUGCAUGUGGUGUCACGCGUGGAGCUGCCGUCACUCAUCGUGCACGUGCUCUACGCCAUGGAGAUGAUGAAUCCGCUCGCCCUACACGGAGAGGGAGGCUACUACCUGACUACGCUCUACGGGGUCCUCUUCAUGCUGGAGCGGGAGCAGAGCGGUGGCCGCUGCGAGCGGCGGGGCCUCAGCCGCCGGGCCCAGCGCUCGCUGCACAGCUGGGAGCGCCGGCGCACCGCCAGGCUGGUGCGCCGCUGAUGGGGCCCCACUGGCCGUCAUGGUGCGGGGCGGGGGGCACCCCCGCUCACAAUCGCGACAAUAACCGGUGUCUAUUAUUUAUGCAAUAAAACGUCAAGACAGUCUCGCGUCUUGGUCUUGUU